UGUAAUUUUGAAGAACAGUGAUAAGAUUUGGCAGGUGUUCCCGCCAGAAAAUUCCGUUCUGUGUAUACUUGUUUGUGACUUUGUGAUUAUCGACAGAAUGGGAAUUUUGGGUCUUUCCAAAUUAAUCGCCGAUGUUUGCCCCUCUGCUGUCAAAGAGAGCGAAAUAAAACAUUAUUUCGGGAGGAAAGUUGCGAUUGAUGCCUCUAUGUCCCUUUACCAGUUUUUAAUCGCUGUGCGUAGUGAGGGUCAUCAACUUACUUCAGUAGAUGGUGAGCCGACCAGCCAUUUGAUGGGCACGUUUUAUAGGACAAUACGACUAGUUGAAAAUGGCAUAAAGCCUGUGUUUGUGUUUGAUGGGAAACCGCCUAAAAUGAAAUCAUCUGAGCUUGAAAAGCGAGCAGAACGCAGGGAAGAGGCGAAAAAAGAGCUUGAAAAGGCGACGGAAGCUGGAGACGCUGCUGGGAUGGAAAAAUUCAACAGAAGGCUUGUCAAAGUUACAAAAACACACACUGACGAGUGCAAACAGCUGUUAAAGCUUAUGGGCGUACCUUAUGUAGAAGCACCUUGCGAAGCUGAGGCACAAUGCGCAGCCCUUGUCAAGAAAAACAAAGUCUAUGCUGUCGCUACCGAAGACAUGGAUGCUCUUACUUUCGGUUCAAGCGUGUUACUCCGCCACAUGACUUUUUCAGAAGCGAGAAAAAUGCCGAUUCAGGAGUUCUGCUUAGAGAAAGUCCUCGCCGGUUUAGAAUUAGCAAAAGAAUCAUUCAUAGACCUUUGUAUCCUCCUUGGCUGCGAUUACUGUCCCUCGAUUCGCGGUAUCGGUCCGAAAAGAGCCAUCGAGCUCAUACGACAGCACAAGACCAUAGAAAAUAUAAUAGAAAAAAUUGAUAAGAAAAAGUACGGUGUACCAGAAGAUUGGGAAUUUGAAGAAGCACGAAGGUUAUUCAUCGAUCCUGAAAUUUUAGAUCCUGAUGAAAUCGAGUUGAAAUGGACUGAACCAGAUGAAGACGGCCUGGUCGAGUUCCUCUGUGGCGAUCGCAACUUCACAGAAGAUAGGGUCCGUUCUGGGGCGAGGAAACUUGCCAAGGCGAAGAGCUCAAGUACGCAGGGCCGACUGGACGGUUUUUUUUCAGUUUUAGGCACGACGAAUAAUGCAAUGAAGCGAAAGGCAGAAGAGGAAAAGUCGAAGAAAGGCGCAAAGAAGGGCCGAGGUAGUUUUAGGAAGGCAAAAUAAAACGUAAAGAUUAAAUGAAAGUAAAAAAAAACAAACAAUUGCAUUAGCAGAUAAGGAAACCUGCCAAAAAAUCUGUUUUUCUUUUUUUUUAAAUAUAUUUAUAUUGAAAUGA